AUGGCCACCGCCACAACCGCCGCUGCAUCUUCGCCUACCAAUGUCGCCGUUAAGCGAGUGGGCACUCAUAAUGGCAGCUUCCACUGCGACGAAGCCCUUGGCUGCUUCAUGAUUCGCCUUACUAAUAAAUUCUUUAAUGCCCAGAUCAUCCGUAGCCGUGACCCCCAGGUGCUGGAAGAGCUUGAUGCAGUGCUCGAUGUAGGAGGGGUUUAUGAUCCGUCCCAAGACCGUUACGAUCAUCACCAAAAGGGUUUUGAGGAAGUUUUUGGACAUGGUUUCAAUACUAAGCUCAGCAGUGCUGGUCUUGUUUACAAGCAUUUUGGAAAGGAGUUAAUUGCCAAAGAACUUCAAGUUGACGAAGAACACCCAGACGUGCAUCGACUGUUUCUAGCAGUUUACAAGAGCUUCAUGGAGGCAAUUGAUGCAAUUGACAAUGGAAUCAAUCAGUAUGACACGGACCAGCCACCAAGAUAUGUAAAUAAUACACAUCUGUCUUCAAGAGUUGGGAAAUUUAACUUGGAUUGGGUAGAUCCUGAUCAGUCAGCCGAAAAGGAAAAUGCAGCUUUUGAACGUGCAAUGGCUCUAGCUGGCAGUGAGUUUUUAGAUAGUGUACGCUUUCAUGCACGGUCAUGGUUACCAGCAAGGUCGAUUGUCAUGGAGUGUCUUGCAGCAAGGGGUGAUGUUGAUCCUAGUGGAGAAAUAAUGGUUUUGGAUAGAUUUUGUCCUUGGAAACUUCACUUGUUUGAGCUUGAAGAGGAGAAUAAGAUUGAUCCAUCCAUCAAAUAUGUACUUUAUGAGGACGGCCGAAGCAAAAAUUGGCGAGUCCAAGCAGUGUCAACAGUGCCCAAUGGAUUUGAGAGCCGGAGGCCACUACCUGCUCAGUGGCGAGGUUUGAGAGACGAUGAACUAUCAAAAGCAUACGGUAUUCCAGGUGGCAUUUUUGUCCAUAUGAGUGGGUUUAUUGGUGGAAAUAAAACCUACGAGGGAGCAUUGGCAAUGGCAAAAGCAGCAUUGAAGCUAUGA